AGAAACCCUUGGACUGCUGCUCCUCAAUUUUAAUUUUUGUGUAAAUAUAUUUAGCUGCUUAGAAAUAAAUAAUUAGUACUUAAAUGUGAUUAGCAGAUAUAUUCAGUUGUUAUCAUGUCAAAUAGUUCAAUAGAAGGACGACUAAAAGGCUUGCAAGAGCGUUUCGAAAAUGAAAUGCGUAUUCGGAGAGACAGUAACAUCCACAAUCAAGGUGGACUUCAAGCUUCCAGGCCGGGGAGCGGCAGGAGGCCUAAGCCCCUGUUCUCCAACCGAGAAAUACCGGCGUAUCCGCCGAGGUCACCACAGGCGACGGAGACGGAAUCUAGAAUGCGGGAGGUGUAUAAGGUGAGCGGCAAGCUGAACGUGGACGGCGUGGAGUACCGCUCGCACAUCGACGAGCUGCAGCACUUGGGCGAGCUGGGCAGCGGCACGUGUGGCCACGUGGUCAAGAUGCUGCACAAGCCCUCCGCCGCCGUCAUCGCUGUCAAACAAAUGCGACGCUCCGGUAACUCGGAAGAGACCAAACGCAUCCUAAUGGAUCUGGACGUGGUGGUGCGCUCCCACGACUGUCCGUACAUCGUGCGGUGUCUCGGCUGCUUCGUCACCGACGCUGACGUGUGGAUCUGUAUGGAGCUGAUGGCUUCCUGCUUUGAUAAGCUGCUGAAGCGGCUCGGCGCGCCCAUACCGGAGGAGAUUCUUGGGAAAGUCACUGUCGCGACGGUGAACGCCCUAUCCUACCUUAAAGACACGCAUGGCGUGAUCCACCGUGAUGUUAAACCCAGCAAUAUACUGCUAGAUGAGCGUGGGAAUGUCAAGCUAUGUGACUUCGGCAUCAGCGGUCGCUUGGUGGACUCCAAGGCCAAAACGAGGAGUGCAGGCUGCGCGGCCUAUAUGGCGCCUGAACGGAUAGACCCGCCGGACCCGACGCGGCCGGACUACGACAUCCGCGCGGACGUGUGGUCGCUGGGCAUCUCGCUGGUCGAGCUGGCCACCGGCGUGUUCCCCUACAGAGACUGCCAGAACGACUUCGAGGUGCUCACCAGGGUUAUAGCGGACGAUCCUCCACAGUUACCAGACGAUACCAAUUUUACACCUGAAUUUAAGUCAUUCGUUUCACAGUGCCUAACAAAGAACUAUAGACAGAGACCAAAAUACGUGAAGCUUUUAGAGCACCCGUUCGUGGUGAAGUCAGCGAGGAGUUCCGUGUCAGUUGGCGCGUGGUACGCCUCGCUGCCCAUCUCGGGGCAGAGCACCCCCAGCAAGGCCGCGGCCGCCAGCCCCGCGCCGCACGCCGCCGGCUCGCCCGACAGCCUGGAGGCGCCGCUCACGCCGCAGCCUGUGCGGAACUUCGUCACCAGCUCGCAGCACUGGACGCCCGACCAGGUCACUCCCACGCCCAGCAGGACGUCUAGAAGUCCGACCUUCGGGCAGAGUUCGCCGCAGCCUGUACGGAACUUCGUUACCAGCUCACAACACUGGACGCCCGACCAGGUCACGCCCACGCCUAGCAGAAGCCCGAACUUCGGGCAGAGGACGCCGCAACCUGUUCGGAACUUCGUUACCACAUCGCACUAUUGGACGCCAGAGCAAUCGACCCCAACGCCGACAAGGAAUUCUAGAAGCCCGAACUUCGGGCAGAGGACGCCGCAACCUGUACGGAACUUCGUUACCACGUCACACUAUUGGACGCCGGAGCAAGUCACUCCCACGCCGACAAGAGCGUGGUGGGCGUCGAGCAACGCGAGCGCCGGCGGCAGCAGCUCGCAGCCCACCAGCCUGGAGCUGGAGCUGGGCGCGGCGUCCCCGUUCGGGCGGCGCCGCACGCUGGACGUGGGCGCCUCGCCGCCGCCGCCGCCCGCCCGCCGCGUGUCCGCCGACAGCCGCUGGAGGGCCUCGCCCAACAGUUCCGGCAACACGAGUCCUAUAGUCCUUCAAAGGUUCCAGCACCAAAGUAAUCAGAGGCGGUCGCGAGUAGACCUGCACUCUACGCCUAGACAUAGAAGUUUAAGUAAAGAACACAGUACGGGCCGGUCGCCUGAGCCACCUCCGCGGAUGAGUAGACAACACCAUAUGUUGGGCCAUGAAGCGAAUGGCAGUAUCGGCAGUAUGGAGUUGGAACCCCCGGCGUUACAUGAAAGAUUACACCCACCGUCACCCUUAUUACUCCACGAUAGGUUACAAGAAGGACGUAGUCAGAGUCUGACGCGCGCGGAGCUGCGGAACGGCUUCAGAACCGAAGUAGCUGCGCCCGCGCCGCCACACAAACACCACCACGAUGACCAGGGCUGGCUGCACUCUCUGGCCGGGCUGGUGAAGCGCCGGCUGAGCGGCUACGUCAAGUGGCACCACGUUGCAGCGCGCGACCGCCCCGCGGCGCAUGCGCAGCACGGCGCUGCGCUGCACCACCCGCACCACGCCAGGCACAGGUGGAACACCAGCGAGAGCUGGAGCGUGCCGGCGUCGCCGCUGCCGCCGCGGGCGCCGCCUCCGCGCCCCGCCGACUAGCGCUCCGCCCCCGCGGACCGCGCGCCCGCCGCGCUGCCCGCGUGACCAGCCUACUACACCACCACCUCAAAUCUUACUUAAGUUUUCUUCAAGAAGAUCCGUAAAUAAAAGCGGAGACAACGCCCAAUAGAAAGAGUUAAGUUUCCUGAUUUUUCCUAAAAAAAACUCAUAAAUAAAACUGAAGGCGGUACUCGGAAUCCCUGCGAAUAGAAUAACGGUCUAUAACGCUAAGUAGUGCGGCACGAUGGGUGGUGAUGGAGACCCGACGAGCCGGCAGAGUAGUAGCAGGAGAGUGGGAUGAGUAGUAAAAACGACGAAAAUAGUAACACCAACAGUUUAUUAAUUAGCACUUCACAAACAAGAACUUGACGAAAUUAUAACGAAGCAUUAUGAUCACAAUCAAAAUUAGAGGGCACGGCCAGAGCUAAGCAGUAUAUGUGUUGUCUUAACAAGGUCCGGGAUGCAAUGCGCCAGCGUAAAAUGAAAGCAAUUGCCGAAUGAAAUGAGAAUUUCGAAAUUUUAAAUGAAGAAGAAAAGGCCAGUAUGUGUAGAGUUUAUACUCUGCUACAAUAGUAAGCGUGGUGUCUCGCUCGCUCUUACGUGUUAGGCGACGGUAAGAAAGAAAGAGAUUUUUCUAUGCAGUGACCGGUGCGGGCCUUUAGUUUUAUUUACAAUUAACUAUCCAACUGCCGGUGACGGCUGGUUUCAAAUUGUAGCUCAAAUAUAUUCAGUGAGAGACUUACAGUGCCUGAACAAAUCGAACUCUUAAGCAGCAACGACCCUGCCUUAUUCUGCCAUUAAAUUUUGUCAGCGAAUAAAAACAUAGCUCAAGAAUUGUACAGGGUUAUAUUUUAUUCACCCCUGAUGUAAUGAUUUACCACCUUACAAAUAAAAAAUAAACCAGGAUUGAACGUGGGUUUUUGACAGCCAAGCAAAGUUCAGUCGGAUUGUAUGAUAAUUGGAUUCAAUUUUACUUUGCUGUCAAAUACUUAAACCCACGUUCAUCCCUGGUUUAAAUUUUUAUUUGUAAGGUGGUUAGGGUUUAACGAACAAUAUGAAAACCAACAAAUAGAAAAAAAAGACCUAAAUAGAUAUCUUUAAAGAGUUUCCUUGAUUUGUUCCUUGGGAAUACUUGUACAAAAUAUUUGGCAUGUUAAUCCUUGAAAAAAAAAAUUAUUUAAAUUUAAAAAAACAAAACAAACACAUUUCAAAGAAGUCUGGCGAUUCAGAUGGGCAAUGCUGCCAGCCUGUUGGGCACCUUGCCUCGAUGUGACGCAUUGGUGGUAUUUUAUUCACAAGAUAUGUGAUUGUUUUGUUUUGUAAUAAAAAAAAGUGAUUAAAAAAAUAACCCUGUAUAAAUGACUUGUAAGGAAAAGGGACUCCCAAGCUACGUAGACGCGACAAGCAACGCGGAUCGACCAAUAGACGCAGCGUAUAGUUACUGCGUAGAUAAACAUCGUAAGGCUAUUGGUCGAGCGCGCGAUACUUGCCGUGGGAAGGGUUACACCUGUAGUACUAUGUACGUACAAACAUAUUUUUAUAGAUAUAUUCUGUCAUUGAUAGAGAUUUCAAUUUAAUAGUACCAGAUAAUAACCAUAUAAAGGAUGCAGUGGGUCUAACAUAAUUUAAAAGAAAAACUAGCCCUACCUCUUUCUUGCACUUAUUGUAAGUGAAAGACGACACCAGUUUAAGAGCUGCCAAACUUAAGUUUGUGUUGCCAGAAUUAGCACCAGUAUACUGUGGGGUUAAAUGGCCACAUCGAAGCAAUUCAUCUAAGAAAGCAAUAUUGCAAUUUGACAUUUGCGCAUAUAAAAGUGCGCAAUGCAAUCAAAUGUCAAAUCGCAAUAUUGCUUUCUUAGAUGAAUUGCUUCGAUAUGGUCAUUUGAACCCCUCUGUUUUCUGCUUGCCUCAUGCUUCCAAACGAAAAAAAAAACUUGUACUCUUCGUAAAGACAUAACGGAACCAAUUUGUAAUGGCUUAUUUUUGGUAGAACAUAGAUUUCUAUAUAAUAUAUAUAAAAUCAAAUGUAACUUAUGAAUUGACGACUGCUUAAUGUAAAUAGAUAUUGAUAAUGCCUUGCAGUAUUAUAAAGGUAAAGCGUACACUGUAGCACUUUUUGAUGAAAUUAAAGUUCACUAGUGACAUACGGUCUUACCACAAAAUCAAAAGUGUUUAAGAUUAUUGAAUAAGUGUUCAAGAAUUGACACAAAAUUGUCUAUUCAAAUUCAUUUAAAUUGUCUAUUCAUUCAUUUUUAACACUUUGAAUUUGAUUGCCAAGUAAAAUUUAAUUUAAAAGUCAAAUCAUUUAAGAGUUAAGAAUACUUAACUCUGUCCUAAAAUACACGUGGUUAUGGUGAUCUGUGGGCAGAGAGCGUCGAUCAUCAUAAAAGGCUAUUCACACACGUGGACUACUUUCGCCCAAUAACAAUUACGAUUUUUCGACGUCAGGAAAAGCGAUAUGUUGCACUCUUCACUUUGGUCACAAGAGCUAUCCAUCUAAAAAUUGAGAACUGUGUAUUUUAGGACAGAGUUAAAUAUUCUUAACUCUUAAAUUAUUUGAUCAUUAAAUUAAAUUUUACUUGGCUCUCAAAUUCAAAUUUUCAAAAAAAUGUGCAAAGUUACCUACUUUAAUUUUGUGGUAAGACUUUAAAAUUCUGUAUAUUUAAAAUAGAAAAUUUUUGACAUAGGAAACGUGUAGUUAGAUAGAUCUUUUCGCGUGUUACAAUUUAUAUAUUUAUCAAGAGUUUAAGCAAACUGUGAAUUAGUCUUGAAAUGAACGAACGCACUGAAUUUUAUAUGGACAAAAGCUUGUGAAGACAUCUGUAUGAAAAAUGUGUGAAUCUAGUAAAGCAAUAAAAUAUCUAUUGUUAAAUUAUUAAGAAAAAAACAUAUUUUUAUAGACACAUUAAUUGUUACAUGAAGGUAGUAUAAAAUAUGGCUGUUCUCAAAUUACAGAAGGUUAAAAACUAAAAAAUACCGGCAAUAAAAAUCUAGUAAUCAGAUUUGUUUUGGUCUUAAAGCUAUUGACACCUAGGGUCUAAAAAGGACAUAUUGAAGCAAUUUAUCUAAAAAGCAAUACUAAAAUUUGAUAUUUGCGCAUAUACAAAUAGCAAUAUUGGAUUUUUAGACGAAUUGCUUCAAUUUUAACUCCGUGUAUUGUUAAAUUCAAAUUUGAAUUGAAUCUCUCUUCUCUUUUUCUAGUUCUGCGAUUUCGAGACGGUAAGAGAAGUAAAAGCCAAGUGUCUAAUCAAACAACUACGUAAAAUAAGCUGCAAAAGUCCAAUCAGUUUCAUGCAAAGUAAUAAAUUAACUGGUUGCUUUUAAGACCUCCUGGUUACAUGUCGUUUCUAUAAUAGACCAAAACACCUAAAAACCAUAAAUUUUAUAAUUAUGACAACUAAUGGUUCAUAAUUUCACCACUGUUUACAAAUUAUUCGCUGGGUUCAGUGACUGAACUUCUGCUCUUAUGCCCUACGAAAUUACUCAGUUUUCAGUCUCAAUUUUAUACUAGCUUCGUGAAAGUACUCUACGUAACGUGAUCUCAAAUAUAGUCGCAAUUUAAAGAAAAUUCAAUAAAGCACAAAAAAAUACAAUAAUGUAUUCACGAUGUAUUAAAAUAUAAAAUAUAUGUGUAAAAUUGUAUUGUAACAUGUAAUCUGCGGUGUGGUGUACGGCUUUUGAUAAGUAUCUGUAAUGAAAUGGAUGGGCAGCAUUGCUAAUUGUCAUUGAGUAUUUGGACAUAGGCGUAGCAAGGAGGUUGUGGUUCGCUGAAAAUAACAACUGAAAAUGAGAGAUUUUCCAGGCUACGUUACUCAAAAACAAUAUAAACCAUGCAAAGCCGAAAUGAAAACAUAAUGUAUAUGUCGUGUCAUCAUCACCAGCCCAUUAACGUCCCCACUGCUGGGGCACGGGCCUUCCCUAUGGAUGGAUA